AUGCCUUUGUCGCGAAAACGCAAAGAACGACAGUCAAAGGUGUCCUUGGACAUGCAAGGAGCAGACUUGGAGCUUCCAACGCCAAACCCGGUGCUUUUCAUACAAGCUUACGAAGCAGAAGUCCGGCGCGGACCCCAGGCCAGAAGCGCUGCGGAGUCUCUCGAGCUGGCGACGCAUCGCAAUGGAAAGAGUGGUCUUAUCGAAUGGAAAACACCGUCCUCCGACGAAUCUAUUUGGGUCGACAGAUAUGACGCCCGACUGCUACUCGACUCCCUGCCAAAAGUCAAGCAGCAACAACCACCGCUACCAGCGUCGCCCUCAGGCUGGUCCGACCUGCCUUCUGAUAGCGAGGACACAUUCUUCCUAUCGCCUGAUGAAGCAGACGAUUAUCAUCGCGACAAACGGCGCAAGAUCAUGGAGAAAACAAGAGAGGAGCGACUGAAGGCUCGUUCCAUCGAAGAUGGUGUACCAGAAGAGGAUGUUUGGGGAGGAAGCGAUGAAGAGCCCGACGACCCGCAACGCCAGCUCAUGGAGCGAACAGCGAAAAAUAUGAUGGCCGCAGACAACCCCACCCAACUCGAAAUGCGUAUCCUUGCAAACUACGGGGCUGAUGGGCGCUUUGCGUUCUUACGUGGCCGCUGGAAGCGCGCGUGGGCCUCUGCAAAGCACGACGCGAAGCUCGAGCAAGAGAAUGCUAAAGCAAAGGAAGCAAGUGGGAUCGGGUUGGGUACUUUGGCGGAUUAUGGGGAUAGUAGUGCAGAAGAAGAUGCUGAUGAUGCCAAUGCCGCACUUGUGGCCCGACAAGCCCGAGCGAAAGCCUGGGCGCAAUCAAGGAAAGCGGACAAGCAGGCCUCUUGA